UAAAUGUGCAUUCAUUUCCAUUACUCCUUUACCCCUCCACUUUUCAGAUCCCCCAAUUAAUGAAAGAAGACACCUCACUGUAAUAUUGGUGAUUCGUAUGUGAAAUUACAACAGUAAGUGGAGUGAAAGCAGCCGCCGAUACAAAUCUUUUUCCUCAGAAUACUACCGACGUGAUGAAACCUCCUCUCCACAUGGCCCUACCCUUGCUCUAUUUUCCUUAAAGCUAUUCCUUUUUCAUAUAUUCUGCCACCCAAUGACACUCCAGAGGUGACCAAAUUCCCUCUUCAUUCUCACAAAUCACCAUUAUAAAAAUUGGACUUUGGACUCUCUUCCCAAGUCUCAUUCUUUUUUCAAAAACCAUAACAUCAGAUUCUCUUCUCCAAACCCAAAUCGAAACCAUAUAUUUCGCUUUGUUUUUGAAAUUCUGAUUUGGAUCAAUGUCGAAGAAUAUAUUAGUGACAGGUGGAGCUGGGUACAUUGGGAGUCACACGGUGUUACAAUUACUGUUGGGUGGUUACAAGACAGUGGUGGUUGAUAAUUUGGAUAAUUCUUCUGCAAUUGCUAUCAAAAGGGUCCAGGAACUUGCGGGUCAAUUUGGUCCUAACCUCUCCUUUUACAAUAUAGAUCUGCGUGACAAGCCUGCAGUUGAAAAGCUUUUCGAGUCUAACAAGUUCGAUGCUGUUAUCCAUUUUGCUGGACUAAAAGCAGUGGGUGAAAGUUGCCAGAAACCUUUGAUGUACUAUAACAAUAAUAUUACAGGUACAAUUACCCUGCUGGAAGUCAUGGCAACGCGUGGAUGCAAAAAUCUUGUGUUCUCAUCAUCAUCUACUGUCUAUGGCUGGCCAAAAGAGGUUCCGUGUACUGAGGAAUCUCCCAUAAGUGCUGCAAAUCCUUAUGGAAGGACAAAGCUCUUCACCGAAGAAAUUUGCCGGGAUGUCUACCAUUCUGACCAUGAAUGGAAAGUCAUAUUGUUGCGGUACUUCAAUCCUAUCGGUGCACAUCCAAGUGGCUAUAUUGGUGAUGAUCCGCGUGGAAUUCCAAACAACCUUAUGCCCUUUGUUCAACAAGUUGCUGUUGGCAGGAGACCAGCACUGACAGUUUAUGGAACUGAUUAUCCAACAAAGGAUGGUACAGCGGUGCGUGAUUACAUUCAUGUUGUUGAUUUAGCAGAUGGCCAUAUUGCUGCUUUGCAGAAGCUGUUUGAUCCUUUGACAGGCUGUGAAGUUUACAACCUGGGAACUGGAAAAGGAUCGUCAGUCUUGGAAGUGGUGUCAGCAUUUGAGAAGGCAUCAGGAAAGAAAAUUCCACUGGUGAUGUCUGGUCGACGGCCUGGGGAUGCUGAAAUUGUAUAUGCAGCAACAGAGAAAGCAGAACGAGAAUUGAAUUGGAGGGCAAAGUAUGGCAUUGAUGAGAUGUGCCGCGAUCAGUGGAACUGGGCCAGUAAAAACCCUUAUGGCUAUGAAGGAUCUGAAGAAUCAAACUAACAGUGCAGUAUACUCCUUUAACUGCAAUUUAUUUUCAUGAUCGCAUCAUUCCAGCUGUUGGUUCGUUUAUCCUUACUGCUAAUCACCAACAUGUAGACCAUCAAUCUUUUUUCGGGGUAAGGAUUCCACGUAUAUUACUAGGAUUACAGAAUGGUCGGAACAUUUAUAUUUUUUCUAACUGGAGUUCCGAAGCUAGUGGUGGAACUUUUUCCGCCCUGAAGAAACAGGGAUAGUUGAUGAAUAAUGGAGUAGCUCGUUUAGCUGAAACCUAUAGUGGCAUUUAUUCGUUCUUUUAUUCUUUUGUAACUAGCAGCAUUACAAUCAUAUUUGUUUAAAGAAACUAUUUAUAUUUAUUGCUUCAAUUAUUAUACUGGUCCACUGUGUAAGCCUGUUAAGUUAAGCAAUUUGCUGGCAGUAUAUCUUCUAUUUAGUAGUUGGAAAGUUUAUUAUGCUCAA